AUGUCGUACCUCGACAACCAAAUUAGCGCUUUCAAGUCAAACCUCACUUCGUCCUCUAACAAACUCUCAAAUAAGCGUACGGCUGCUGCUCCCGCAAACUCUACCACAUCACCUGCACCAUCACAAGCCUCAAUAACAGUCAAGAACGAUCUUAAGCGCAAGCGGGUGGAGCAGCCCAACACGGUCUUCUCGCAGCCAAAAGACACAGGCACCGGCUCCCAUAUCAUAACUCAGGUCACCUAUGCGCUAGAAAAGCUCAAGGAAAAGGAUAUUCAGUGGACGUGGCAAAGGUUGGGCGAGUAUUUGUCUUUGCAUGGCCGUGAGGAAGGGUACGGGCAGGCUUUGAAGAGAAUAUUGAUCACCCAUGACAAGGUGAAGUACCAGCGAGUUGAUGGCAAAGGGGAAGACUUUUUCUCUUUCCGGCCAAUCCACGAUAUUCGGUCUGCCGACGAAUUGCUGGGAUUUUUACAAUCUCAACCUACAGCUCAGGCCCUUAGCGUUAAGGAUCUGAAGGACGGAUGGCAUGGUGCGUUAGAUGCGAUAGACGAUCUUGAGAAGCAGGGCAAGCUUUCCGUGACCCGGCAUAAGAAAGAUGACAGUCCCCGAUUCGUAUGGCCAAACGAUCCAUCCCUAUUUUUCCCAAUCGAUCAGGAGUUCAAAACAAUGUGGCAAAAGAUAAAAUUGCCCGAGCCUGGAGCACUGGCAGAUGAACUGGAGCGCGAAGGCUUAACGCCUGCGAACAAGAGUCGCUCCAUCAAAGCGAAGCCAGUAAAACAUGAGAACAAGACGAAGAGAGCGAGGAAGGGUGGAAAGACGACGAAUACUCACAUGGCGGGGGUAUUGCGAGAUUAUUCGCAUCUCAAAAAAUGA